AUGAGUUACCCAACGGCUCCAGGAUAUGAGGCGUACGCCGCCGCCGUAGGGCAGAGCUAUCCUUUAGGCAACCAGGGCUACCACACAUCAGGUAUGCAGCAGCAGAUGCCGUCGCAGGCAUACACGUCCAUCCAGAAUGCCCUGCAGGCUGCUGUUCUCGAAGCACAGCAGCAACAGCAGCAGCAGUACGCCAUGGCAAACCAGAACUACUAUCAAAACGCAACGGCUGCCGCCUACCAGGCGGCCGCAGCCCUUCAGCAGGAGCAACAACAAAAGCUAUUUGAGCAACAACUGCAACAACAACUACAGCUACAGCAGCAGUACGCGCGCCAAGCCCAGAUGUACCAGAACUACCCGACGCAGGCCUACUUCAUGCCAUACACCAGCUACGUGUCAUACCAGCAGGUACCGGGCUUCCCGGCUUCCAGAAGCUACGGAGCAGCCCAGACGGGGUACCCGCCAAACGGAACAACGGGAUUCUCGGCUAGCUGGCCAGUUGCAUCUACUAGUACUGGUGGUUCGUGUUGCCAAGCAACCUCAUUUCUUUCUGUAGUUUGA